AAUAUGUAAAGAAUGUCUCCUAACCUUUUCAACCUUUUAUAUCUUGUCAGUCACCUUCUCGAAAUUGUCAUAAUAAUUAUAUAGUAGUGAAAAAAAUUAUAAUUACGAAUGAGUCACUAUAAAAAAUUAAAGUGAAAUUUUGACAAAUAAAACGACACAAAAGGCACUAUAUUUAUUUUCAUCUGAUACAAUGUGAAGAGAUAGUUUAAUUAAAUUUCCUGUGGUAAAGUGAGUGAUAUGAAAGUUGUUAAAAUUGUGUAUGUUUUGUUGCUGUGCCGUUGCGUCUCUUUGGAAGAGCCACUAAAUGUGACUGUCAUCUAUAACUCAACGGUGGUAAAUUCCAACCACACAUAUGGAAUUCUCUCGACUACACAUUCACCCUCUGAAAUUUCAUCAUCAAGAAAACCAAUAAUUGCAGGACAAGACAUUGCUCAAAGUCCCCCAUCUACACCUAUCAAAAAUGUUACCCCUUCAAGUCAUCGUUUUAAAAACACUACCUCUAAUACGACAUUGUCUGAUCCUAUUCUACCCGAUAAAGGGGCAGCUGAAGAUGAACAUAACAGUUCAAUGGCUAUAUUUUUUCUUCUUUGUGUUUUAGCACUAGGGAUUUUACUAAUUCAUUUUAUGCUUCAAACAGGUUUUCAAUAUGUUCCAGAGAGCAUAGUUAUAGUUUUUCUAGGGGCAUUAAUUGGUUUAGCAAUGAAUACUUUAUCUAACCGAAAUAUUAGUAACUGGCGGAAAGAGGAGGCUUUUUCACCAACGGCAUUUUUCUUAGUCUUAUUGCCACCGAUUAUUUUUGAAUCAGGUUACAAUCUACAUAAAGGAAAUUUCUUUCAAAAUAUAGGUUCAAUCUUAGUUUUUGCAAUAUUUGGAACAACAAUUUCGGCCUUCAUAAUCGGGUUUGGAAUAUACUUCUUAGGUUUAGCGGAAGUCGUUUAUAAAUUGAGUUUUGUGGAAUCAUUUGCUUUUGGUUCCUUAAUUUCGGCUGUUGAUCCAGUAGCAACUGUUGCUAUAUUCCACGCACUAAACGUUGAUCCUGUACUUAAUAUGUUGGUUUUUGGUGAAAGUAUUUUAAACGAUGCAAUCGCUAUUGUUUUAACAACAGCAGCAUUAGAGUCAAAUAAUCCAGUAAUGUCAACAGGGGAAGCAAUUGUAAUGGGUAUUCAACGAUUCUGUCUAAUGUUCUUCGCCUCCGCCGGUAUUGGGGUGAUUUGUGCUCUUGUAAGUGCUCUAUUUCUAAAACACGUCGAUCUCAGAAAGAAUCCUUCUUUAGAAUUCGCUAUGAUGUUAGUAUUUACUUAUGCACCUUAUGUGUUAGCUGAAGGUAUUCAUCUUAGUGGUAUUAUGGCUAUACUGUUCUGUGGAAUUGUGAUGUCACAUUACACCCACUUCAAUUUAUCUACCGUAACUCAAAUUACCAUGCAACAGACUCUCAGAACCUUAGCUUUCAUUGCAGAAACUUGUGUUUUUGCAUAUUUAGGGUUGGCCUUGUUUAGUUUUAAACAUCGGGUCGAGCCCGCUCUUAUUAUUUGGGGCAUUAUUUUGUGUCUCCUAGGCCGUGCUUGUAAUAUUUUUCCUUUAGCAAUUCUAGUUAAUAGAUUUCGGGAACAUCAAAUUACCAAAAAAAUGAUGUUUAUAAUGUGGUUUAGUGGUCUUCGCGGUGCCAUUUCAUACGCAUUGUCGCUUCAUUUAAACUUCAGUGAUGAAACGCGACAUGUUAUUAUUACAACAACAUUGAUUAUUGUUUUGUUUACAACAUUGUUUUUGGGGGGUUCUACAAUGCCUUUGUUGAAGCUUAUGCAAGCAACGAAAAAUCCGUCCAGACGACUUAAAAGACGCCGAAAAGAUAGAGAAGUUACUUUAAGCAAGACUAGAGAAUGGGGCCAAGCCCUAGAUUCUGAGCAUUUGUCUGAAACUACAGAAGGGGAAAUGGAGGUGUCGUUCGUCUCAGAUCGAAUAAAGGGUUUUGUUAAAUACGACUUGAAGUAUUUCAUCCCAUUUUUUACUAGGAGAUUUACACAGCAGGAACUGAAGGAUUGCAAAAGCCAAAUGACGGAUUUAACAAAUCAAUGGUACCAGGCAAUAAGGAUAUCUCCAGACCAGUCUGAUGAAGAAAAUGGAACGAUUACUCCUCGGUCAAGUAUUUCAAGUAUUAUUCAUUGACUAUUAUAAAAAAUAUAUAAAAAUUGUGCUGUAUUAUAACUUACAACUGAAUAAAAUAAAAUGUGAAGUA